AUGCAAGGUGGUCACACACCAUGGGUACACCAAAAUGCACCGCCCCCUGCGCCACCACAGCCUGACACUGCUCGCGCGAACUUCCGCUGGACAAGCAGUGCCGACCGUAUCGACCCAUUUGCCGAAGGGCCACAUUAUGGUCCCGUUCUCGAGCCUUUCCUCGUAAGGGCGGUAUCUGCAACCAUUCGCGUCAAUCCCCUCGUAUCUCCACCCACAGACUCGCAUGAUGAUUACCUCCGCUGGAAUAUGAUUUUCCCAACAAGUACUUGUUAUCGCACAACUGGCCCAAAGCGCUCAUGGAUCAAAGGGCGCGAAGCACCCGCCACGUUCCCGCGCCUGUCACAAAUCCGCAUCAUCUCACGGUCAUUCCCGUGGAUGAUCACUGUCAAAGCAAGACGACAAAACAUUGGUGUGACCUGUGGGGAAGUGGUUGAAGCUAUUUCUGCAUAUUUUCAUGGGGACGUCGCCAAAAAGGAAUACGAAGGCGUCACGACCCGUCGGCGACGGGAGAUUUGGCAAGCGUAUCAGUUUAACCGCUCUACGGAUAGCAAUGUCCCUGGUGGUCAUCUGGGAGAGCAGCUAAGGCGCCUUGAUUGGCUCGGCAGUAAUUCGAGGUGGGGCGGUAUUGUCCGCAGUGAUGAGUUCGUCAAGGAAGCUUGUGGAGACGUUCUGCCUUGCACUUUCGAGCUCAAAUGCAUCCCAAGCUACCCGCUCACUCCGGAGGAAGCCAACGAGCAGCAGCGGAUUGCACGGCAUGCUGAAAAUCGUUCCCGUUCCCGCUCCCGUUCUCGUCCGACGUCUAUGGCGUCUCGGUCUAAUUCUAACGAGGGGCGUGACACAGAGACUACUACUGAAGAGGAUGAUGAGGAAUAUGAAUGA